CAUUAAGCCGAAUGGACGCGGUGGUGCCUGCGAUGUCGGAGGCGGGGAAUCUACGUAGCCCCGCGACAAGCUAAAGCUCGAAAACAUUCAGACUCACUCACACUUCAGCAAUUGCACGACACAAUAAUGCCUUCCUUCAACAUUGUAGUACUUGGUGGUGACGGUGUCGGACCUGAGGUUAUUGCAGAGGGGAUCAAGGUCCUGAAGGUCAUCGAGAAGCACACGGACGUGUCCUUCAAUUUCCAGGAGCACCUGUUCGGUGGUUGCUCAAUCGACGCCCACAACAACCCCCUGACCGACGAGACGCUCGAGGCCGCGAAGAAGGCCCAUGCCAUCAUCCUCGGUGCUGUCGGCGGCCCGAAAUGGGGCACCGGCAAGGUCCGCCCUGAGCAGGGCAUCCUGAGGCUGCGCAAGGAGCUCGGCACAUUCGGUAACCUGCGCCCCUGCUUCUUUGCCUCGGACUCGCUCGUCGAGCAGUCGCCGCUCAAGGCCGACAACGUGCGCGGCGUCAACUUCAACAUCAUCCGCGAGCUGACCGGCGGCAUCUACUUUGGCGACCGGAAAGAGGACGAGGGCGAUGGCAAGGCCAUGGACACGGAGCCCUACAGCGUCGAGGAGAUUGAGCGCGUCGUGCGCCUGGCCGGCAACCUCGCGUCUGUGGAGGAGCCGCCUGUCCCCGUGUGGAGUCUGGACAAGGCCAACGUGCUCGCGACAUCGCGGCUGUGGCGCAAGACGUUCGAGCGCAUCAUGAAGGAGGAGUACCCGCACCUGAAGUCCGGCACCCACCUGAUUGACUCGGCGGCCAUGCUCAUGAUCAAGAACCCGCGCGCGCUGAACGGUGUUGUAGUCACCAGCAACCUGUUCGGCGACAUCAUCUCCGACGAGGCCAGCGUCAUCCCCGGCAGCCUGGGUCUGCUGCCCAGUGCCAGUCUGGGCGGCAUUCCCGACGGCAAGACGCUGCUGAACGGCAUCUACGAGCCCAUUCACGGCUCCGCACCCGACAUCGCCGGCCAGGGCAUCGUCAACCCGGUCGCGACCAUUCUGUCGAUGAGCAUGAUGUUCAAGUACUCGCUGUGCCUGCCCGAGUACGCGGCGAAGAUCGACGAGGCGACUAAGAUCGCCAUCGACAACAACAUCCGCACAAAAGAUAUUGGCGGCUCGUCGACGACAUCACAGGUUGGUGACGCGAUUGCCGCUGAGCUCGAGAAGCUCCUCAAGUAAAAGUUAGCACAUAAUAUCAUUGAUACCAUCUGGCCCAUGUUUGGAUUGAGUUUUGUAGAUGUAGUGUAGUGCAGUGGGUCUUGCAGUGUACAAUUAUAUUCAGACUAGAGAGUCUUAUCUACCUAAUCGAACUCCACAAAGGACGCGAUACAACCACAUGCCCCUCUUCGCCAACCCAGAUGUCGUUGGACUUGCCGAUCCCUGGCCAUCAGCAUUCAAAGGCCUGCGCCUGGGCAGCUGAAUCUCAGCCCUAUACCAUGGCGUUGUCGGCAAGCGCAUCCACUUG